CAGCCAAGUAAAGCAACUAACAAGUUUCAAAUAAAACAAUUCGAUACAGUGGCAAACUAAAACUUUAUCAAUUAUUUGUCCCCCAAAAAAAAGGAGUGAAAAUUUUUCGCUGUUAUACAGAAAGGCAGACCCCUACACAUAUAUACACAUAUACGAGAGCCUACAUAUAUAUAUAUAUACAUAUAUAUAUAUAUAUAUAAUAUAUGUUCAAGAAUCCUUUAGCCUAGUCAAGAAGAAGAAGCUACGCGAAUGUGCGCUUUUGGUUACCUAUUGUUUUUCGCCCUAUUGUUAACAACAAUUCUGGUGCUGUCCAUUAUUUUCGCCACCACCUCCAAGCGAUCCAUGUUGGAUAGCUUUGUACUAGUAUUCAAUUACACACAAGAACACCAGCCAGACCAAGAAAUGCAGCAACAACAACAACCAACGGACUAUCAGCAACAACCACAAAUGUUCCUAAAACAGAAAAUAUUUUGAGUUCCAUGGGUUAAUGAGUAUAAUGCCCCGAAAAAUAAUAAAACGAAACAGAAAAUCAAUUGGACGCUAGUGUAAGCGAGUGAAAGAAUUUCUCAGUUGGUCAAGUGAAAUUACCACUAGAAAGUUAAUAAAUAAAACAAAGAGUGACAA